AUGACCGUUCAGGUGCGUCAUCCGCCUGGUGCUUCCGGUCAAGUCAAAAAAUGGCUUGGUGGCAUGCCUUUGGCGCAUGCUUCGACUCUUGUGGUUGCUCAUCGAAAGGCCAGUGAUUUUGAAAAACGCGUCGAAGCUCGAAACAAAGAAUGGAACAAUAGCAUGCUGUUGAAGAUGGCUUGGGCUGAUCUCAUGAUAAGCUAUCCUACCAAUAGCUUCGUGGCUGAUGUUGACCUCAAGUGUCUGACCGCACUAGAAGCAAGGAUGUUCGAGGAUUCCGAAGAAGCAGGACCUGCAGGCAACCAGCAGUGGGGUUUGGAUGCUGGCCAACAUCAUAGGCGAUAG